UCCAUAGACAAAGAAAUAUAACCCCAAAUGUCACAGCCAGGAAAAAGCUGCCAUCUUUGCUGCCUCCCCUUCUUCUUCUUCUUCCUCAUUCUCAUUCUUAUUCUCCAAUGACCCAAAAAAGCCAUAACAAAUCACAGAUAGAACGAAACAAAGAGAUGAAAGGAAGAACAACAGAAAACAGAGCAGCAGACCUUCUUGUCUGUUUCCCUUCAAGGGCCCAUUUAACUCUCAUGCCCAUGCCAAAACCCAAUUUCAGCCCCAACAGACAACCUUCAGAUCCACCCAACAACCACAACCGCCGCCUAACGCCGUCAACACUCAGCCGCCACCGCCGAUCAAGAAGCAGAGCCGGACCCAGCAACUGCAGUCAAUCCAGGCCAACUGAGAUCGCAGAACCAACUUCACCGAAAGUUACAUGCGCAGGGCAGAUCAAAAUCAUCACCCCCAAACCAAAGACAUGCAAGAAUUGGCAAUCGGUUAUGGAGGAAAUAGAGAGACUUCAUAACAGCAGGAAACAGAGGAAGAAAUCUACUUGGGCUGAAUCUCUCGGUUUCAAGAAAGAUGCUUAUCAAUUCUUGACUUGUUUACGGCAUUUGAGAUUCGAUUUUCGAUGCUUUGGGUCCUCCGAUCCGCCCACGACCACAGAUGAAGACGAUGAAGAUGAUUAUCACAAUGAAACCCAGAUGGGUAUUGAUCAUGAUGAUGAUAAGGAAAGUUCAAGAACUGUUUUUUCGAAAUGGUUUAUGGUUCUUCAAGAAGAACAGAACAAUAUUAUACAGAUCAAAGAAGAAUCAUGUGCACCGCCGCCGAACGCCCUGCUUCUGAUGCGCUGCCGAUCUGCUCCGGUCAAGAAUUGGUUACAUGAAGAGGAAAAGGAGAAGAAGAAGGAGAAAUCAAAUAGCUUGGAGGUUUUGAUGAAAUGUGAUGCAGAGUUCUUUAACACUAAAGAUCAGUUGUUAAGGAGCCGAACUUGGAAGAGAUGAUCAUUUUCAAAUAAAACCCAUAAAUAAUAUUCAAGUUAUUAUUAUUAUUAUUCUGAUUUUGAGUGUAUUAAUUAAUAUUAUAUAUCAAUGUACA